AUGGUUGCAGGAUCAGAAACAACCACACCGCUGAUAGAGUGGGCGAUGGCAGAGAUCAUGCAAAGUCAUUACAUAAUGAAAAGGGUUCAAGAAGAAUUAGCAGAAAUCAUAGGACUUGACAACAUUGUCGAAGAAUCUAAUCUCCCUAAACUACAAUACCUAGAUGCAACAAUAAAAGAAACAUUUCGGUUGCACCCUGUAGUCCCUCUCAUACUCCGAAGAUUGCCAAGACAGGUUUGUAUUGUCGGUGGAUACACCAUUGCAAAACGUUGUACCAGGUUUCUGAAUGUUUGGUCUAUCCAUCGGGACCCUCAGUAUUGGGAUAAUCUGUUAGAAUUCAAUCCAGGAAGGUUCUUGACAAACAAAUAUGAUUUUAAAGGAAGAAAUUUAAAUUUCAUCCCAUUUGGGUCGGGAAGGAGAUUGUGUCCAGGUGUUCCAUUGGCGGAGAAAAUGCAAAUGUAUAUCUUGGUAUCGCUCUUACACUCGUUCGACUGGAGCUUGCCGGAGGGUGAAAAGCAUGACCUUUCUGAAAAUUUUGGAAUUACACUAAAGAAAAGAGAACCACUCAUCGUUGUCCCUUCAUAA